GCUAUCCCCGUGGAACAUCGUGAUCCAGAAUAGCGAUGAGAAGGAGGCUGUUUUCAGUUCUUGAUUUGCUCAAGCUCCAAACGCAGGCAAUAAAUUCCACGCCGCUCUGGAAGAACUUGCUCAUGCUCGUCAGUUCUCACCAUCAUCUUGUAGGAGCCAGAAGAAAGGCUAGAGACAACGUCCUCGGUCUUGAUCUUCUUCAUUAAAUCAGGUCGCCAAACGAGAGGAAAACGCACUGAACGGUCCAACAAGAAGUCUGCACAAGCUAUUCCUCUGGAAAAUAUCUUGUCCCACUAAUCAAAGUUUACGCAUAUAUCCCCACCCCCGGUGCCUCCAAGAAAUCUAGGGCAGGCAUCAGAAUGGCUGCUGAGCAGUGAAUGAGUCUGCAGAGGCCAGUUGUUGUUGUUGGUGGUGGUGGUGGUGUUUAGAGGACGGCGAUAAUGAUCGUAAGAGAGGCCAAAAUCGAAGUCAAACCCAAUGGGGAACAAAUCAGUCAAAAACACCCAAUCCUUACCGAUCAAAGGCCGAGCGUGAAAAAGCCUUAAGGCCAAUUCUCUUUUACACGCUCUUUCGCUUCGUGGUCUCGCUCUGAAAAGUCUGGAUUUGAUGUGCAGAUUUCUCAUUAGAAGGACCGGCAUAUCCUCAAUAUGACUUCCACUACGUUUGAGAACGUUACCUGUUCCAACUUCUGCAACAUCACUAACCCGGUGUGGUGCAAAAAUUUCAUGCUUGGUCUGAGUACGCUCCAUUGUUCCACCGAGGAUUGCGAGAAAAAUCUCUGCCAAGAGGUUGCUCUGUGCGAGGAUUUGGCCGAGAGUAACCCGAUCUUUGAGGCCUCGGGUCAAGACUUUUGUCCAAUCGUCUUUGACGGAUGGUCUUGUGUGAAUUCGACUCCUGCCGGAAGUACGAUCAAGUUUCCAUGUCCCAAUUUCCUUCACCUCAACUUCGACAAAGAGAACUUGGCUUAUCGUGAAUGCUCAUCAGAAGGUCAUUGGUUCGAUAUUGAGCUGAAUAAGUCCUUCACGCAUUACGAGCAAUGCCCAGAUGUCCACAGCUUCAAGAUGUUCGACUUGAUCAACAAGGUGUACAUGGCAGGUUACGUGAUCUCGUUGGUAUUUCUAUGCCUGGCCACGCUGAUAUUCAUGCAAUUUAGAUCUCUCAAAUGCGUCCGAAACACGAUCCAUACAAACUUGUUCGUCGCUUCAAUCCUCCAUAACUUGUUAUGGUUGGUAUGGUAUUGCGUUAUCUACCAGAUGGGUAGCAUCUCCGAGUGGUCGGAAGUCUCGCUCGUCGCCUGCAAGGUUCUCCAGACAUUGGUCCAAUACUUCACUGUUUGCACAUAUUUCUGGAUGUUAUGUGAAGGUCUCUACUUGUUCGUCGUGUUGAUUGUCACUUUCAUAUCCGAGUCCAGGGUCUUGAUUGGUUUGUGCACUUUGGGAUGGGUCUGUCCCGGGGUUCUCAUUCUCUUGUACGUACUUUUAAGGACCCUCUCGUCAGAGCCCGGACACCACGAGCUUUGUUGGAUGGAAGACACGCCCUAUAACUGGGUGUAUAAGCUACCUUGCAUCCUCACCAUCUUUAUCAAUUUGGUGUUUUUGGCCCGAAUUGUCCACGUGUUGGUUGCCAAACUUCACAAAGAUGUGUCGGAUCGAGCAGCUCUCAUUAAAACUGCACGAGCCAUUGGUGUGCUCGUACCGCUUUUCGGACUUCAUAAUUUUCUGGCGGCGGUAAAACCCGAUGAAGGGGAUUCUACUUUGCGCAUUAUCAUGGAAUUCCUCUGCGCCAUCACAACCUCCUUCCAGGGAUUAGUGAUUGCCAUCCUGUUUUGCCUCAUUAAUAGUGAGGUCUCAUUCCAACUCAAAAAGUUCUUUGGCGACCAUAUCGACACCAGACACCAAUCCAUGGCAAUGACUCAAUACACGGUCCGGACGACUCGAUUGGGUUCCAUUACGCCUCAUCCUCACAUGGCAGCUCUUCGCCAAGAGUUCCUUGUCAAUCGAGUGUACGAUGAUAUCAGUGAAGAAUCCGUGUCAAUGCCCGCAUGGCGUAACCCCAAUAAUGCAUGUACCGAUUUGAUACGACAUCUAACCAAUGUCAUUAAAGUAUUAUUAGUUCAUCAUAGGCACGAAAAUCUUAAACUAGAGCAAUGGAUUUGUCAAUGUUUAUUUUGGGAAAUGUCCCAAUGAAAAGAAGUGAGAAUGCUUCUCGGUUCGUUGGAUCUUUAAAGGCAAGCUUUUUAUUACAUUAUUACAUUAGUGAUCCAUUUCACUCGAGAAGGUCACAUAAAUAAGGCUUGUCUUUGAUACCUCUGAAGCAAGUAAAGAAACCGUUGAUGUUUUAUUUCCAUUAUGUUAGGUAAAUAAUAAUUCCUCGCCAAGUAUUUGCAUUUUCUUUUGCGGUUUGAAAUAAUAUCAACUUUCCCAUCAUCUUGUCAAAUCUUUGAGUCACUCCUUAAGUUAGGCAUUUGGCAUCUGCACUCUCGGGUCAUCCCUACAAAUUUCUAUGAUCCUAAAUCUUACAAGUAUUCAUUAUUUAAUUGCAGUAUGUGCGAGGCAAUGCUUCUCAAACGGUGGCAACUGGUGGCUCCCCGCCAAACGGAGCAGAAGACAAAUCGGUGGCAUUUGUGUGAAAUCCAAAAGAUGUUAACAUGUAAACUGGACGAGUCAUUUUCCAUGGCACUGCCCCAGAUAAUAAUAAUAGUAAUAUUAAUUUAACAAUAAUAAUUCGUCAUAGCUUGUUACCUGAGUGUCAAUAUGUGAUUGUACUAUCAUGUCUCACAUUAUGUUUCAUGUGAUGUUGAACCGGUGGACAAAUAAAUGUCGUCGCAAGCCUUGUAAAAAAACGAAUUCAAUAAUUUCAGACUUGUUAUGGCAAAUAACGUAUUUUUUUUUGUUUUUGUUGCAAAUGUACAGAGUUGAAAAAAUUAAGGGCCGCUCUUUGUGGCCUCUGAAAAUCCUACCCCCUAACUGAAAGAAUGAUUUGA